AAGAAAGUCCUUAGAAAGAGAGCACGUUGCUAUAAAUAAAAGUGCGGGGUUAGGGCUUUCUCCAGUCCCGCUAGGGUUUCCGUCUUCAGCUUUUUCGUUUAGGCCCCGACCUCCCGCAGCGAAAAUGCCGUCGCACAAGACCUUCAUGAUCAAGAAGAAGCUGGCCAAGAAGAUGAGGCAGAACCGACCCAUUCCCCACUGGAUCCGUAUGCGGACCGACAACACAAUCAGGUACAACGCAAAGCGCAGGCACUGGCGCCGCACCAAGCUCGGGUUCUAAGGUGGAUGAGCCUGGCCUAUUUUAAGCAUUUUAGUUUACUUAGAUAGACUUCAAAAAGAACAUUUUUGGAUUUAUCUGUUGUAUAACUCCGGAUGAAAUUUUGAUUGAGAUCGGUUGUUUGAUUCGGUAUCUCAAGCACUGGGCAAGACUUAAAUUUGAUUCAAUCCGAUAUUUUAUCA